AUGACGAAGUACUCCACUCGUAUCGAUGCUGCCGACUUCUCCGACGGCCAGAAGACUUGCUGCAUGUUGCCUUUGCGUUGGGCGACCGUCACCUUUGGCAUCCUGUUUGGUGUAGCUGGAGCAUGCCAGCUUUUCGAACAGGUUUAUCGCGCCACGGGCGGAGACGUUUCGGGCUACAACAUCCAAGAGAAGAGCAAAAGCACGGUGACCCUCCUGGCUUUGGCGUGCUGCAUGCUCCUCUCUGGCGUGUCGGGUUGCGCGGGUGCUUUCUUCGAGAUUCGCCAUCCGGUGACGUUUUUCGCGCUCAUGCUCCUCCUUCAAUGCAUCUUGGAGAUCGCUUGGUUCGUGCUCGAGGACUCUACUGGGACUUUCGGUGACUUCUGCCGUAUGAUUUGGUCUGAGGUCGUCCUUGGCAAUCGUUCCGUGAACAGCCCGGUGGCGGUGAAUCUCUUCUAUGCUUUGUUGUCCAUAAAUAUUCAUCUUUGGGCCUGUGGUGUUGUGGCCAGCUACGCUUUGGAACUCCGGGCCGCAGGCAAGGCAGUCUGGUUCGAGCCAAUCGAUGACGAUGACGACGAGGACCAACCCUCCCAAGUCUACCUAUAG